AUGCCUGGACAUUCUUGUUGUAGUCUACAAAGUGAAGAGGAUUUGGAGGUUAUGGUUGAACUGGCACUUUCUUGUGAUAUUCAUCGUAUUGAUAUUUUUGUAAAGUGUUGUUCUUUGGGUGAAGGUUAUAUGAUUUGUGAUGGUGAAGCUAGCAGCAGUGUUUGUGAAACUGAUUUUUUGCCUUCAUUUUAUUCAAAUCAACGGAAACCUUUGCUCUCCGAUGGGUGGGUUAAUUGUAUGAAAGAAGUGGGGCAAAGGUUUGCUCAAGGAGUUGUUGAAUUUCGAGAUGCGUUGUCAAAGAUGACUUCAAGUAUGAUUGGUGGGCUAAUUUCAAGUGAUAUUUGUAAUAAGGCUUUGACAUCGGUUAAUGAGGUGGUUUGUGAUUUCAAAGACUAUUAUGGAACAGAAGUUUCUUAUCGGCGAGCUUGGAUGGGUAUUGAAAAAGCAAGGAGCCUUGUUUUUGGUGACUAUUCAUCAUCAUUUGACGAUCUUCGUUGGUAUGUUAAUGCCGCUAAUGCUUGCAAUCCGGGGAGUGUUUUUGAUAUGGAAUUUGAUAUUGAUAGUAAAGGAAGACAUUUCAAAUGCUUGUUUUUCGCUUUUGAGGCAUGUUUAUAUCCGUUAUGUUUUGCUAUUGUUGAUAAUGAAAGUUAUGACAGUUGGCAUUGGUUCUUGUCAAAGUUAUUAGGUAUUUUGACUCCGGAGAGGGAUAUUGCAUUUGUUUCUGAUCGACAUGGAGGUUUGCUGAAAGCUUUAGCUGAGGUCUUUCCGUUUUCUUGCAAUUCUUUUUGUCUAAUGCAUUUGAAGAGAAACUUGAAGACUUAUUUGUCAGUGAAGAGUCGUGAAUCUAAAGAAUUUUCUUCUCAUUCUUUUUGUCUAAUACAUUUGAAGACAAACUUGAAGAUUUAUUUGUCAGUGAAGAGUCGUGAAUCUAAAGAGUAUUUGCUUACUCUUUUUAGUAUAUGUGCAUAUGCUCCUACUAUUGAGUUGUUUAAUGAGCUGUUUGAAGAAUUUAAGAGUCGUUGUGGUCGUACUGUUGAGAAGUUUCUUGAGGAUUUGCCUAAUGAGUGUUGA